AUUGAUUAGAUAUAUUAGGUGAAGCGCUUUGCUGUCUGUCCAUCGAAAGUAGUGCAAAAUGUAAAAGUGUGAUUCGGACCACCAUGGAGCAUUUGAUUAGAAUAGAGCUUCUGUGCUGCGUUUUAUUGGGAGUUUCGAUAAUUAGUGCCGUUCGCCUCACUUACAGGUCUUGCACGGAAGCCCCCAACCAAUCCGGCAUUUACUGGAUUAGUCUUACAGACAAUGCCGUCCCAUUUCAGGUUUACUGCGAGCAGGAGAAGUUUGCUGGACAUUGGUUAGUACUCCAGAGCCGUAAUGAUGGAUCAACAAACUUCAACCGCAGUUGGGUCGAGUAUAAAUUCGGAUUUGGAAAUCUGAAAAAUAAUUUUUGGUUGGGUCUGGAGAACAUGCAUAAGUUAACUAGCUCAGCCAGUUAUGAUUUGAUGGUGGUGAUGGAGAAUUAUCUUGACUUCAUGGCCUUUCAAAAGUAUGAGAACUUCGCGGUGAAAGCCGAAUCGGAUGACUACAGCUUGAGCUUAUCAGAGGUGAACACCGGAACGGCCGGUGAAUCGUUGUUUAUCUAUAACACUGAAAGGUUCAGUACUUUCGACAGACCAAACAACAAGGGCGCUGCAAACUGCGCAGCGGAAAUGGGAGGUGGUUUUUGGCACUACGAUUGUCGAGUGGUGCUGAGCACCAGAAGUAAUUUAAACGGAUUAUAUGACGUGGAUCAUAUCAUGAAAAAUGGAAGCGGUAUGUGGUGGGGUAUGUUUGGCGGCGUAGGGAAACCCCUCAAAGUGACAAGAAUGAUGAUCAAACUACGUUGAGGAUCGAAGUUAUUUCGUCGAUUCAAGAGAAUCUUACGUAUAGCCUAGAAAGCAGUAUUAUAAUUUUUUUCCCUCUAGAGUUUGGCAAUCCAGUAUAAUAAAAUUUCGAUUCCAAUUAAUUUAAAACU